AUGUCGCAUGUGAGGCUGGCGAACAAGAUAAGAGCCUGUGAUAUUGCAGGAAAGAUACUAGCAUCGAAAGAAGAUGGGCUGACUGGCAGGAGGUCCCGUUUCCCGGUUGAGGAACCGAAGUCGGAGGGCGUGGCUCAAGAACAGUAUCUGAGCCUCGUCCCGAGUAUACCAGUGGCCCACGUGGAUACCCUGCCUGUUUUCACAACGCUGCGCUCACUCAGCAACGGCCCUCCCAAAAUGUGCCCCCAUCCCGCUCAGCACCGCUUUCCCGGGACCCCCAGAAAGAGCCGGGAUUUGAAAUGCCUCUCCUUAACCUGGCGGACUGCACGUUGUGAUCCUGCACUGAGGUUCUGCAGGGUAUCGAAGGAACCCGAGUCCAAGAACGGCCGGUUCUGCGGUGUGGACGUGAGUUGCCUAUUGAAGGGUGAGUUUCAUUGUGUCCGCUUCCAGGGAGAUGACAGGGCUCAGGCAACGAAGGACAUGCGGGGCUCUGCGCUGCUGGUGUUUGCGCUGCUGUUGGGACCCGGAGUUCCUGCUCCUUUCUGGGACGACGAUCAAGAUGAAGAGAGUGCCCUCACUGUGACCACCGGGACGAAAGCUCCCCUGCGGGGUGUACUGGGGGGCUCGAUCACCAUUCCCUGCUUCGCCAGCUACGCCCGGCGACCUCUAGCUCCAGCCGCCCCCAGGGUGAAGUGGAGCCUGAUCCGGGAUGGCACCGAGUGGGACAUUUUGGUGGCCACGGUGCAGAAGGUGAAGGUCAGCGAGAGCUACCGGCGGCGGGUGGAGCUGCCUAACUACUUGGCGACCGCCACAGACGUCUCCCUCUCCAUCCACCGGCUGCUCCGCAACGACAGUGGCAUCUACCGCUGCGGUGUCCAACACGGCAUCGAGGACGCGCAGGAUCUGGCCAGGCUCCACGUCAAAGGGGUGGUGUUCCACUACCGAGAUGCGUCCGCCAGGUACGCCUUCAACUUCAGCCGUGCGCAGCAGGCUUGUCGGGACGCGAGUGCGCGCAUCGCCACUCCCGAGCAGCUGGAGGCGGCGUACGCCGGCGGCUACGAGCAGUGCGAUGCCGGCUGGUUGUCAGACCAAACCGUGCGAUACCCCAUGCACACCCCGCGGGACGGUUGCUAUGGAGACAUGGAUAAAUACCCUGGUGUUCGUAACUAUGGCACCCAGGACCCCGAGGAAACGUAUGAUGUGUACUGCUAUGCUGAGGACACAGGAGGGGUUCUCUCCAUGAGUAACAUGGACAACCUCACCUUCCAAGAGGCUCAGCGCUUCUGCGAGAUGGGCAACCAGCGGAUAGCGACGGUGGGCGAGCUGUACGUGGCCUGGUCUGAUGGCCUGGACCACUGCACGCCGAGCUGGCUAUCGGAUGGCAGCGUCCGCUAUCCCAUUGUCACUCCCCGGGACCGCUGUGGGGGCCGAUUGCCUGGCGUCAAGACUCUCUACGCCUUCCGCAACCAAACAGGCUCCAUCGACCCUGCAUCGCGGCACGGAGUUUACUGCUUUAUAGAUCUGGAAGAGUGGCAUAUCAACGACAGCUAUGCAAUGGAUGUAGAGUACGAGGACGACGACUACCUGGAGACAUCGUUGGAGGAGCUGGAAUUUGAAGUUGGGACGGGAGGAGAUGUCACGUCAACCGAGGGGGGACCAUAUCCCGGCGAAACAACCCCGUCUACCAGAGCACCACCUGCUUCCGUGUCCCAGGCCACUCAGACACGACCCCCCGACAUGGCUCUUGCUGUGCCCAAAAUGGACGGCAACCCGUCCAUCAUCCCGGCGACACCACAGGACCUGCGAGGGGUCUCCGAUGGGCCAAAGCGAGACCAUCCCGAUGAGAGUCGGCCAACGCUCAGCACGGACGGUACCGAUCGCCCUCAAACAGAAGACCCUCUCGAUUGGUACGAGUACCCGGAGGAGGUCGGACAGGAGGUUGUAAUCGAGACACGGUUUCAAGCGCCGGUGGGGCGCGGCCCACCGUCUGACAAGGACAGCACGGAGAUCCCAGGGUAUCCCAGCUCCGUAUCCGGAGAAGGGAAGGGAACGGAAGGAGGACAGGAUGUCUUGGGAUCAACUGGCCUUUCCGCUGAAGUCUCCACCGCCCCCGGCCCAGCUGCGGAAGAGGACGGAGGCCCAGGGUGGACGGAGGCAGACGACGGUACCCCGACCAGGGGUGAAGGUGUCGGCCACCGAGGCUGGACGGCGGGAGUGCGGCCCGAGCGGGCGAAGAGCAGCCCGGAUCCGCCGUCCGGCCCGCCCACUGAGUGGGCCUCUUUGCCCACCUCCCGGCUCACCAGGAUGAGGAGCCAGAGCCCUCAUAGCAGUCGCCCCGAGACCUUGCGGCCCAUUGCGCUGGAAUGUCCCGGAAGUCCGGCCAACUGCGCUGGAGAAGGGAGCGGUGAAUCUGCAGGGCCGCCGGCUGCAGGGAGCCCGGGUUCGGGCUGGGGAUGGGCUGGGCUCACACCAGCCGGCAGCGGAGUAUCUCCCUCUGCGUCCUGGGACCCUCUUCGGACGCAAGCCUGGGACCAGGCCGCUCCAGCUGGCGCAGUAUCGGCGGAGGAUUCCCUUCCCACUGCUUCGGCCUCUCCUCCCGCCACUGGCCGCCCAAAGCCGGGGAUAUCGCCGGGACCCGCCUCCAGUACCACCCCGCCCGAGUCCCGGCCCGGGCCUAAGCCCUGGCCCGAUUGCCUGCCCCCAGCCCAGCAACCCAACAGGCCCAGUGGAGCGGCGGCUGAGUCAGAAGGUAUCACGCCGAGCCCGCCCACCGUAAUCCACGGGUCCCUUGGUCCCACGGCGCCGACCCAGCAGGACGCCCACGGACGGGCAGCGGAGCUGACAGGUAACCGCUGGCGUCUCGUCCUUGCCGUCGUGGCUGCGCUGCUGAGCGGUGUCCCGGGAUAUUGACAACCCCUCCGCUCAUUUGCCGGCACCCCAGGCUUCUGACAUCCAGUCCUCUCACCCAACGGCACCCCGGGCUACUAACACCCCCACCCAUCACCCUAACAGUACCCAGGGCUACUCACACCUUCUUUCCUCACCCGCCAGCAACCGGGGCUACUGCCUCCUUCCCUCACCUUC